ACGGACUCCCAUGAUGCAUUGCACUGCCAACGUAUGCAAACAGGAACAUGGCUACCGGUGCUUAACAUCAGCAGCCCGUCGUUACAACACACUCCUGUUGAACACAGUCUGUGAUAUCACAUAGAGACAGACGGGUGGAGGUUACAGGUGGAGCAGCAGCCUUGUGAAAGCAGCGGGUAGUCGUAGUUCAUCAUCACAGACAGUGUGGGGUCAACAUGGCGAGUCCAAGGACCAGAAGAGUUCUGAAGGAAGUGAGAACCCAAGACGAGAAUAAUCUAUGUUUCGAGUGUGGCGCUUUUAACCCUCAAUGGGUCAGUGUGACCUAUGGGAUUUGGAUUUGUCUUGAGUGCUCUGGCAGGCACAGGGGCCUGGGAGUACAUCUCAGUUUUGUGCGCUCUGUCACCAUGGACAAGUGGAAAGAUAUUGAGCUUGAGAAGAUGAAAGCGGGAGGAAAUGGAAAAUUCCGUCUAUUUCUUGAAGUCCAAGAUGAUUAUGAUCCCACCUGGACGUUACAGGAGAAAUACAACAGCAAAGCUGCUGCACUCUUUAGAGACCAGGUUGCAACUUUAGCAGAGGGUAAGGAGUGGUCCAUUGAGACAUCAACUGCCAGAAACUGGACAUCUCCUCAACCCAAGACCAGCCUUUCAUCCUCUCAUCGCUCUGGAGGACCUGGACAAAGCGGAGCAAAAUCUGGCGACAAAGCUUUUGAAGACUGGUUGAGUGAUGAUGUUAACUCAUAUCAGAGUGGAGGGGGCUAUAGUGGGAAUCAAGAGAAUCGGUAUGUUGGCUUUGGCAACACAGUGACCCCAGAGAAGAAAGAAGAUGACUUCAUCAACAAUGCCAUGACUUCUAUUUAUUCAGGCUGGAGCACUUUCGCUGUUGGAGCUAGCAAGUUUGCUUCCAUCGCUAAAGAUAAUACAUCUAAACUCGCCAACCAAGCAACCUUAAAGGCUGCAGAGUUAGGACAGACAUUAAAUGAGAAUGUUAUCAAACCCACCCAAGACAAGGUAAAAGAUGGCAAAUUUCUAGAUGAAAUGACAGUCGGCAUCUCUGGGCUGGCAACCAAGGUUCAGGGAGCUGGUUCAAAAUUGACUAAUCUCUUCUCGGGAAAACCGGAGGAUGGGUCCACCGGAGAGAGCUACCAGAACAUGGAUGCCUCUGAGGGAUAUCAGGGCAGUUCUAGCCAGCCGGUCUCAAAUGACUUCUGGGAAACCUUUGGCAGCAACAACUCCUUAAAGGCCAAGAAAUCACCCAGCAGUGACAGCUGGACCGUCGCAGAUAAUUCUGCAAAGAAGAGCUCUGACAGUUGGGACAAUUGGGGCUCCGAAGCAGCGUCCAACAACAAACACAGCACAGAGGAGAGCUGGGAAGCCUGGGACAACAACUGGGAGAAAGCAGAUGGUAAGACGAAGAAGAGUCCCACAAAACCUGCUGAGGAAACCUGGGAUAAUGCAGACUGGUAGUGACCUCACAACCAUACAUCUCCUCACCCUUUUCCCCACUCUGGCCUUUUCCCUCGGUUUCUCUCUCUCCCUCCGCUCAUCUCACUGGCACUUUUAGAGAAAGAGCUGCGUCAGCUUAGUUCCGAUAAAUCCAUUCAAAAUAUAUUUAUUAUAAACCCAAGAAACAAUAAAUGAAGCCCAGUUGAGCUCAUUGUUUAAGGAAUAUUCUUAAAAUGUAAAACUUUACUGACUUACAGUCAUGUAUUUUAUUGUAAAUUACCUUCAUCACCAGGAAGAAAGAAUAAAUCAGUGUAGAUAUGCUCAUAACGUUCUGCCUGUUCUCCCCAAGUAUAAUACUCUUAACGGUGAAUAAGCCAGUGUUCAAACUGUAUGGGUUUAAUGAUACUGGUUCUCAAUUCACAUAUAAAAACCAUGCAUGAUGGAGAAAAAAAGAAUCUGUAAAUAUAAAUGAAAUCUUGUUAAUACAGUUUGAUUGACUAAACACUAAUGACAUGAUUUUCUGUUUGUUCAAUCAUUGUGAUUUGUUCUGCCCCUGGACCUUUUGCACAUUUUUUUUCUUACAAAAUUUAUUUUGAAAAGCAUUUUUGAUAAAAUAAGAGCCCUUUCCAUGCUUUAGUCUCAAAGUAUUAUAUUAAAUCGAAGGAACAAACAACCACUGCAACAAAUUGGCUAUCAUUAAUCAAAUCUGUGUGAAUACGUAAAAUCUAAAUUAAAUAAUCAAAUGUGUAAUGAGUUGGAGCUACAGUAUAUUACCUUUGUCGUUUUUUUUGUUUUCAUUUUUUGAGGUGCAAAAAGUCAACGGGUUUAAAAACAAGUGUUGAUACAUUAUCAUGAUUUUAAUUUUAAGAGCAGAAAUUGGACUGGAUGGUUAAAAGUUGAAUUCGAUGUGUCCCAAACAAAUAAAGUUUAUCAACAAUUGCCCCUUUUUAAAUUGUAAAAUGGUUAAGUUGGUGUUCAUUCCGACUACUGACUCAAAAUUGAUGUAUUUAAUUUAACAUCAAUGAGCUGUUGAAACUAAAUUCAAUCGGUUAAUACAAGAUUGUGAUUUUUCCAUCUUCAUCAUCAACGGCGCAAGACCUGUCUGAGACUCCCAUUCAAACAUUCAUUGCAAAGUUAAAAUAUUAUUUUAAGCACAUCCCCAACAUCAUUUUAGGAUUUUUUUUGUUAUGCAACUCAUUAAGUAAUGUUUCUUUAUACUUCAACAUUAAGUAUGUUACCACAUUGUUUUUUACUUUACAGCUUAAUCUAUUAGGGCUGAGAAUUGUCAAGCAAAAAUAUGCCAGAAACCAAUAAAAUAAAUCAAAUUCCGAAGCAUAAAAUGACUUAAUAAUGGCCAAUAAUUAUUGAUCUACUGGUGGAUUUACCUGACCUUGAAUCCGACUGAUACUUUUUGAAUUGAAGCUUUCAAAUUAGAGUUCACAUGGUCAGGAGAAGCUGUAUUCACUCAUUCUCUUAUGAACCUCGCUGAUGAUCAGAAACGGUGACUAAUGCCUCAUAUUUUGAAAGCCACUAGAGCAAUUAUUUAAUCCGUAAUGUUGCAAUUUUAUUUUCUAGAUGCAACAUUUGGUAUUUUAAAAUAAUUUGUCUAAAUAUUAUAUAGAGUUUAUUACAGAUAAUUACACACAAUGGUCUCUCAUUGCAGGGCAAUGUAAUGUACUGUAUGCGAGUGUGGAGGUUGUGUUUCAAUACGUGGACACGGAUGUUAACUGCAUGGUGUUGCCUGUGAGCCUGUAACUUGUGACCUCAACUGAACUGACCGGUUAUUGUAAAAUUCAUCUCGUAGGAAGCAACUCUGUGUUUUUCACAUCUGGGUUAUUGCAGCACCUUGGUCAUUAUGUGUUGUGAGGAUUUGGUGUCACUUGUAUCAACAUCUAAAUUGUGGAGUGAUGUUAAUGAGGCUGAUUAUACGCUGGAUGCUUAGAGGGUCCUAGCUCUCAAACACUUGUUAUGAAUUUAUUCGGCAGCUGCAAUCAUAUUGUAGAUGCAAAUGAAUCUCUAAAACUAAACUGGAAAUAUAAUCAUCAAUGUGAAAUUGGGUAUUUGACAAGCCUAUAGUAUACUUACAAUUCAAACAAGCCAUCAAGGUUUAGAACUUGAAUCAUUUUUGCAGAACCUGAUUUUCCCAUGUGGCCUUUAAUUCCCUAUGGCAUAAGGUGUUGCAAGUUUAUCAUACUGUAAAUGACUGUAAAGUUUAGUUUGCAUGUACAUGUAAUAACCUGCAGAUGCCUGGUCCUCAUAGAAGAUUCAAACCCAUGAAAAUUAACUUGAGUUACAUAAACCUGAACCAACUCCAGGUCUGGGUUUGAUUUUUCUAAAGCAGAAGAUAAAGUUUAUGACUUACAUGAGAAGACAUCCUUGGUUUGCACCUGAUUAUUUGGAGGCUUGGUGUCUGUAAUCAUUGGCCAGUAGUUAAUUAUUAAAUGUUCAUAGAGCAGUCUACCAGUGCAAUAAAGCUGCUGGAGUGUUUGUUAUUAGGCUGUUAAACACUUUACUGUACCUCUGUAGGCAGUACUCAUUGGGCCUCAUGAUAAGUAAAGAUGAUAUUUUAUUAUCGCAGGUUUUAAUGUGGGAAGGCUAUUUCAUGAGAACUUUAUUCCAUGCCCAUUUUCUACCUCUCAAAAGCCUUCAGUUUACGGCAGAGUUUUUUAGCAGGGGAACAUGUUUUGUUUUUUGUUUUCUGAACCUUUCAGCGUUGGUUUUUUUGUGGACCUUAUUCCAUCAGGCUUUGCUGUGUCUCAUCUUGUCUUCGCUGUGGAAGUGUGUUAAAGCAAAGCAACAAAGAUGGGUCUAUAGCCUUGGUGUGUAUCGGUGACAAUGCAAUGAUGUAAAAAAAAAAGAUCACUCCUGGAACAUUGGUGUCGCUGAACCUCUGUAGUCGUAUUCGUGUAUGGUCAUGUGUUGAAAAACCUUAAACAGCUGUGAUGCUUUCACUUGAUGACUGAUGUCAGUUUGCUUGUGUGUCUCUGAUGCAGCGAGGUGUAUAUGAUAGUAAAUAACAUCGAAUAUAUAUCGUUAACCCCCAGCCUUCCCUACUGAAGCUUUAUGUCAGUCCUUUAUUUUUAUUUUUAUUUUAUGAUGGCAUUAAUUCAAAUAUAUAAACUGCCAGAAGAUCAAUGGAAGACUUUGUGCUGUGAUAUCUGAUAUAUAUUUUAACAGCAAUGUGUCUGAAAUCUGUAUAAGAGCUUAUAGUUCUGAAAUACAGUAUCUUUUUAUGGUGAAUGUUUGGGGUUACUGGUAAACAUGAAACACGGAUAAACUGCAGAAUGUGUUAAUGACUGAAAUGCAUCCAAAAGGUCUUGAUAUAAGGUGAUGAUUUUUUUUAAUUUCUUUUUACAUACGCCAAUUCUAAACUUUAACUUUCCAGAGCAGUAGUUUCGCUCAAUGUCUGUGCCUGUCGAACAUUUGAGAUCUGGUAUGUCCGUGUUUGUUGAUGAAACUAUUAUGUCAGAAAUACUAUUUUUGAUGUCAUGCAUGAGAUGUAAUGUGGAGCUAAAUACAUUCAGCAGCUGUUUGAUUUUCAAAAGUUGUUUCCUCAGUGAAUUUAAGUGCAGUUGUCUGCUUGCCCCUACGAGUUCCACCAGCAGCCAUCCCAUGAGGUGAGCCAGUGUUACCUACUCAGUUGAGGCUGUGGAUAUUUUACCUGUGCACAUGGUUUCUGUGUUGAAUAAAAGUGUAUUGUGC